ACAGGAGUGGUGUUUCAACAACGAGUUAUCCACGACGAAGACAUUCCCAAGCUAUGUGAGCGCACGGCAUCACUACAGUCAGAGAUAAAGUGGUCAUAUAAUCUGCUCGUAACACGCCAGAAGGAUAGCGAUGGUCAAAUACGUCCUAUCCCUUAUUCUUUGGGUGCUAUCGAAGCCAUCCACUCUUACUGGAAUGUACCGUACAACCACAUUCCUAGCUUCAAGUCUAUAGAAAGCUGUAACAUUACCUUCUCUCCCAUAAUAGGCAAUGAGUCUUGGAAAGGCCUCGUCAUCGAAAUGAGUACCGCUACGUCGCUAGUCACUUAUGAUAGCGCUAAUCAUCGAACAUUCGGCCUCUGCCUUCUAAGAUUUGAGGAGGAUGGGGAACGCCUUGUGCGACGUAUCGAACGCCUCCCUAAUUUUGCUGCCAACCCACUGUUCGCACCAUUUCUCAUUGCUGAAAUCGCAGUACACGGUACAGAAUAUCAGAUUGACAAAGACUAUGGGGCAAGUCUGCGCAUGGAGGAAGCGCUGGGCUAUUGGUCACAAGACUCAGACGAGCGUGUGGAGAAAGACUUGAACUUUGCAAAUAUGAUACAGUCUUUGAACACACUCUCGAUUGCAGUUGCUAACACAGAGUACAUCCAAACUAGAAUGAUAUCUGCUAUAGAGCUUCUGAACGACCAGGUUCCAGUAUGGCCCAAAGAACCUGGGGCUCUUGUUGGUAUUGAGUUACAGGAGCAAGCCAGAUUGCUACAGCAGUUUACUCUGAAUUGGAGGGCUGUAUCCAGACGAACAAAGGACAGCGUUCAGUCAAUGACACAAACUAUAUACGCAACUCUUCAGCAAAGAGACAACCAGCUCAACCAUCGCUACGGUGCCGACAUGAGAUUGAUUACCGCGAUCACUCUCAUCUUCCUUCCUGGAACCUUCAUCGCAACGUUCUUCAGUACGACAUUCUGGGAUUUCUCUCCUGGUAAUAGAGGAGCGAAAGUAACCUACUGGGUAUAUUUGUACUUUGCAGUUACAAUAGGGCUGACGCUCUUGGUGCUCGUAGUAUGGAGGAGCUUCAGUGUGUUCAAACGACUGACUACAAGUAUGGUGCAAGUAAUGCACCGAAUACCUUUGCUGGGAAGACUGAUAAAGAAGAAACGAGUGGAUGAUGAAGAGCUGGGGAAGAAGGGCGAUUGA